GCAGCCAGCCUCAAAGAUGCUACUGAGUCUGCGCACGGCCACUCGAUUUGGGAAGAGCUCAUACCGUGGAGAGGCAGCGUGGUACCGCAGACAAUUUCAGGUUAUGGGCGUGGAUGCGGGUAAAAUGGGAAAGAUCAAUGUGAGAAAUAGUAAAAAUGCAAGAGGUGUGUAGGAUGGCAAUCAGACGACUACGGUGGCCCGACUGGGUCAGUCAUGGAUACCCGUAAGGGUCAGAGACUGCGGGGACUGAAGGGUUAAGUGAUUGGGCGUCUGAGCCUCUUGGGAGAGAGAGUCUGUGGUGGCGGGUUUAUGGGAAUCAGUGUUAGUGUCUGUGAAGAAGAUGGGUUGGGAGUAUGUGGGAAUCAAUAAACUAGGGUUCUUGACUGACAGAAUGCGUGGAAGUCAGUUUAUAGUGAUCUUCAAGUGUCUUGAGAACAAGUGAGUUUCUUCGAAGACGCUGAUUUGAUCGGCGUUAGGACUCAGUGAUCAGCAGCCUGAGGGGUUCUUUCUAGAAAAUCUAAUGAGAUGUUCAUCUGUGACAGCAUCUUGAGAGUGAGCCUGGUUUCUAAAAAUCUAUUCUGACUCCAUGGCAGCUAGGAUGGAUGUAACUUUGCCUGUGGUUAGAAAACAAAGAGUUUACUGAGCUGCAGAUCCUUUCCCAAGAACAACAGAAAAUGAUCGAGUACCAGCAGAGACCUGUGUCAUUCAAGGACGUGGUAGUGGGCUUCACGCAAGAGGAGUGGCAUGGGCUUAAUCCUGCACAGAGGGCUCUGUACCGGGAUGUGAUGCUGGAGACCUACAGCAACCUCGUCUCAGUGGGUUAUGAAGGCACCAAACCAUAUGUGAUCCUCCGGCUGGAGCAGGAAGAAGCACCCUGGAUUUGUGAGGCAGCAUGCUCAGGCUGCCACUGCCGGGAAAACAUUUGGCAAGUUAACGUCCACAGGAAAAGGCGGCAAGGCACACUUUUGAGGCAAGGUCCAUUCAUCAGCAGGAAAACAUUCCCCAAGGAAAGAAGCCAUGCAUGUAAUAAGUGUGGGAAAAUAUCACAUCUGAGCACUGACCUUUUUCCUUCAAUUCAAAACUCCAGUAACUGGGACUCUUGUGGAAAAAGUGUGAACAAUAAUUUAGACUUAAAUGGUUUUAAGAAAAACUACUCAAAAAAGCAAGAUGAGUGCUAUGGAUAUGGAAAACUGUUACAACAUACAAAGCAUGAUAGAAGACCAAAUGAGGAAAAAUUCUGGGAAUGCAGUCACUGUGAAAAAGCUUUCAGCCAUAGCCCAGCACUUAUGUAUAAACCCCCAGCAACCAAUUCUCUUGUGUACAAACGUAAGAGGGUUCCACCUACGGAGAAACCCCACGUCUGUACUGAAUGUGGAAAAGCCUUCUGCUACAAGUCUGAAUUCAUUAGGCAUCAAAGAAGUCACACUGGGGAGAAGCCAUAUGGAUGUACUGACUGUGGAAAAGCCUUUUCACAUAAGUCAACCCUCAUUAAGCACCAGAGAAUACACACUGGUAUUAGACCCUUUGAAUGUUUUUUUUGUGGGAAAGCCUUCACCCAGAAGUCACACCGCAGAGAACAUCAGAGGACACAUACAGGAGAGAGACCCUUUGUGUGUAAUGAAUGUGGGAAGUCCUUUGGUGAGAAGUCAUACCUCAAUGUACAUCAAAAAAUACACACAGGAGAAAGACCCUAUCGUUGUAGAGAAUGUGGAAAAUCUUUCAGUCAAAAGUCAUGCCUCAAUAAACAUUGGAGGACUCAUACAGGAGAAAAACCCUAUGGAUGCAAUGAAUGUGGCAAAGCAUUCUAUCAGAAGCCAAACCUUAGUAGACAUCAGAAAAUUCAUGCUAGGAAGAAUACUUAUAGGAAUGACCUAAAAAUAGUAGGAAAGCCUUGAGCAAGAUAUCCUAUUUCAUUAUAUGUGGAGGAAUUCAUCCUUAGGAAAAAUCUCAUAUUUAAUGAAUUUUGACCAGGUGUUUCAUCGUAAGGCAAGUCAUAUUCCAGUUGUGAUAGAAAAUUUUAUACAAAAGAUUAUAGAAAAUACUCUAUAUUUAAAACAUAAACUUGAUCACUUUGGCUUAUGAAAGUUUAAAAUAUAUUAAAUGGAAUGAUUGAAGAACACAAAAUAUAUGUGAAGAAAAUUAAAAGUAUAUUUUGGUAUGUCCCACAGUGACCCACAUAAUAAGCACUAUUUAUAUUUUAGAAUUAUAAAUGUGAAUUUAAAUUGAAUAUCAAGCACAUAUUGAGAAUGCCAUUCACCAAACUUUUUCACUCUAAAUAUCACCAUUGUCUUUUGGUGUCUUUCCAUACAUGUGUGUGUGCUCAGUUUUGUCCAACUCUUUGUGACUCCAUGGACUGUAACCCACCAGACUCCUCUAUCCAUGGAAUUUUCCAGGCGAGAAUACUGGAGUGGGUUGCCAUUUCUUCCU